CCUCUCUCUCUCUCAAAUUUUCCAAAAAAGAUUUCAGCUACUUCAGCUUAUGGAGAUGGCUGAUCAUAAGAGUGAGGGAGUUUCGUCAGCUCGGUGGGCCGAGGGGCUCAGAGCCAAAUCCUCGAGACUAACGGUGAAGGUGGGUGAGUUAGCGAGGAAGACAAAGAAGCUGGCCAAGGAUGAUCCGAGAAGAAUCGCUCAUUCCCUCAAAGUAGCCUUAGCCAUCACUUUGGUUUCAUUGUUCUACUACUUCGAACCGCUGUAUGAUGGCUUUGGUGCCUCCGCUAUGUGGGCUAUCUUAACAGUUGUAGUCGUCUUCGAGUUCUCUGUAGGAGCAACACUUGGACGAGGAUUGAACAGAGUUUUGGCAACAUUUUCGGCUGCGGCUCUGGGAUUUGGAGCCCAUUUUUUGGCAGAUUUGGCUGCAGACAAAGGCGAACCCAUUAUUCUUGCUUUCUUUGUUUUCUUACUUGCUGCAACAACAACGUUCGUGCGGUUCUUCCCUCGAAUAAAGGCGAGGUAUGACUAUGGCUUCCUCAUCUUCAUCUUGACCUUCUGUUUGGUAUCAGUCUCUGGCUAUCGAGAUGACGAGAUUCUUCAAGUCGCCUACACUAGAGCCCUCACCAUUCUCAUCGGCACCUUCAUCGCGAUUCUUAUUUGCAUCUUCAUUUGCCCUGUCUGGGCCGGCGAAGAUCUCCACUCCCUCGUCUCCAACAAUGUUGAACUCCUCGGCAACUUCCUCCAAGGUUUUGGGGCUCGAUAUUCGGAUGAAUGGAAAGGAGAUAAGCAGGUUGAAGGGUGUAAGAGUGUUUUGACAUCGAGGCAAACUGAAGAGUCACUGGUUAACUUUGCAAGGUGGGAACCAGGCCAUGGGAGCUUCAAGUUUCGCCAUCCAUGGAAGCAAUAUCGCAAGAUCGGAAGCUUGACGAGGCAAUGUGCUUAUCGACUCGAGUCUCUUAAUGGCUACCUCACCACUGAAACCCAAAUCCCAUUACAUAUCCGAGACCAACUCAAGGACUCGUGCUCAAAAAUGAGCAUUGAAUCAGGCAAAGCUCUGAAGGAUCUAGCAUCUGCGAUAAGAACGAUGACUAGACCGACGUUUCCAAAUCCCCACGUCGAGAAGUCAAAGGCAGCAGCGAAGAACCUCAAGGUGGCACUGAAGAUCGGGCCAUGCAACGAUGGGAUCGAUCUUCUCGAGAUAGUUCCCGCGGCGACUGUGGCUUCCCUCCUCAUUGAUUCCAUUUCUUGCAUUGAGAAGAUUGCAGAGUCUGUUGGAGAAUUGGCCUCAAUGGCACAGUUCAAGAAAUGUGUCGAAGCUGGGAAAUUAGCUGGCUUGGAAUUGGAACAAGAUCAGCAACAAAAUUUGCCAACUCCUGCCAUAGUUAAUGGUCAUUGUCAUGUUGUACUGUAGAUUAGGGAUAAUUAAUGUGCCUCUUUUAUAUACUAAUCUUUUUUCUUUCAAUUGUGUAAUUGAAAUGUAUCAUGAUUAUGAUCCAUAUUGUAUAAUAAGAGAUUUAGGAAUUAUUUACACCAAACAUGAG